GUUACAAAAUCCACUUCCCUACCAACAACAAUCUAAAAAAAUAAUCAAAAAACAAGGGUGACUUGUAUUUGAUUUCAUCUUUGUCCUUUCUUACCAAGUAUUUCUGGGGUUUUUUUUUUUUUUUUUCAGAAAGAUUGUAAUCUCAGUCUUUGGUGUUCUUCUUUGGCUCGGCCUGCUAUAGAUGCGUUCUCUCCAGCCUUGAUUCAGCCCUUUUUUUUCUGUUUCUGUUUCUCAUUGAAACUUCUACGACUCUCUUUCCAGCCACCACAUUCUUCAACUUUCCCGGCGCUCGCCGGAUUCUUGGCCGGAAUCACACCGGAAAAUCAAAGAGCAACGCAAACUUUUCAACAAUGGCGGAAGCUUCAUAGCCGUACGAGGGGGAAAGGGUUUUUUGGGGUGGUUCCAGGGAAAAUCUGGGUGUUGUGUUUUGAUUAUUUUAGUGCCGGACUUCACCAGAACCAAGAAAGAUUUAAUCUUUUUUAAUUCUUUCGAGGUGGUUUCGGAUAUGUCAAUAACUACUCGAGCAUCCAUUGACUUUCAUCUGUGAAAUAUUUUAUGUUGAAUUGCAACAAGUUUGGUGCUUGAACGGUUGAAUGGUUGACUAGUUGAAUGGUUGAAUGGUUAAAUGAUCAGUGGAAAAAUUGAAUGAGUUUUUUAGAUCCUUAAAAUGUGCAAAGCUGAGGCCUUUGAGAAGUUUAAUUACGGAGAAGCAAUGAAGGUGGGAUUUAAGUUGAUAAGGAGAGUUGAAAGGUUGAAGAGCUCAGUGUUGAAGAACUCAUGGCUGCUGAUCAUCCGGGCGAUCGUUACAGCGUUGGUGUGGGCGUCGGCGGUGCAGCUGGUUGGGAUUUGGCUGAUUAGGGGGCCUAGUUUGUUCAAUGUUUGGCGUCCUUGCACUCAGUUGGAGUUGCCUGUUCAUGCCGUUGAAUUGGCUAACAAGCUUCCAAUGCCAAUUGUUCUCCCACCAAAGAGGGUCUACAAAAACAAUGGCUAUCUCAUGGUUUCUUGCAAUGGAGGAUUGAAUCAAAUGCGAGCGGCAAUCUGUGAUAUGGUUGCAGUUGCCAGAUACUUGAAUGUCACACUUAUAGUUCCCGAGCUAGAUAAAAACUCCUUUUGGGCUGCAAGUGAGUUUCAGGACAUUUUUGAUGUUGAUCAUUUCAUUACAUCUUUGAGAGAUGAGGUUCGAAUAUUAAGGAAAUUGCCACCGAAGCUCAGGAAAAGAACUGUAUACUCAAUGCCACCGGUUAGUUGGUCUAACAUGUCCUACUACCUUCAUCAGAUCCUGCCUCUGGUGCAGAAGUAUAAAGUAGUACAUUUGAAUAAAACUGAUGCUCGAGUAGCUAACAAUGGGCUACCUCUUGAGUUCCAGAAGCUGCGCUGCCGGGUUAAUUUCCAUGCUCUGAGAUUCACUUCCCAGAUUGAGGAAAUCGGUAGAAAGCUUCUCAGGAUUUUGAGAGAAAAGGGCCCUUUUCUGGCUCUUCAUCUCCGAUACGAAAUGGAUAUGUUGGCAUUCUCUGGCUGCAGUCAUGGUUGCAGCAAUGAUGAGGAAGAAGAACUCACCAAAAUGCGAUAUGCUAACCCCUUGUGGAAGAUCAAAGACAUAAAUUCGGAAACGAAAAGGCUAGAAGGCUUGUGCCCCCUAACACCAGAGGAAACUGCUCUGGUGUUGGUUGCACUUGGAAUUGAUCACAACGUCCAGAUUUAUAUCGCCUCUGGAGAAAUGUAUGGCGGAAACAGAAGGAUGCAAGGUUUAAAAGCUGCUUUUCCGAAUUUGGUCAGAAAAGAGACGCUGCUGGAGCCUUCGGAUUUGAGGUUUUUCCUGAACCACUCUUCCCAAAUGGCAGCGUUGGACUAUCUAGUCUCCUUAGAGAGUGAUAUAUUUAUUCCUACGUACGAUGGAAACAUGGCUAAAGUUGUUGAAGGCCAACGCAGAUUCUUGGGUUUCAAAAAGACAGUUUUAUUAGACAGAAGGCUACUGAUUGGAUUAAUAGAACAAUUCAGCACUGGCUCAUUGAGCUGGGAUGAGUUCUCUUACAUUGUGAAGGAAGCUCACGCCAAUCGGAUGGGGAGCCCGAAGAAGCGAGUUUCGAUCCCAGAUAAACCAAAGGAGGAAGAUUACUUCUACUCAAAUCCACAUGAAUGUUUGCAGCUGUUAGAUGAACCCUUCAGAACCAAAGGAUCUUAGCAUGACAAAGAGAUUGGUUUUUUCCCCUUCAAAAUUAUCUGCAUUUUGUACCAUUGAGAAUUUUUCACAGGCAGUAGUUUAAUGUACAUAGAAUUGGGUUGGGGGGGUUUGAUCUUGGAGCCACUGCUUCGGGGGAAAGAUUUAGGACGUCACGCUGCGUUCUAGAGGUGCAUGUAAGUCUCUCCCUCGGCUUCGGAUGCUCUUGAUCAAAAAGCAUUUGGAAAAAUUUGUAAGAGUUUUCAUUAAUAAAUCAGGUUUUAUGGAGAGAAUACCAGAUAAGAUCAUUGUAAUUAAAUAAGGGGCAAUGUAGUUCACUUUCCUCAAAAUCUCUCAUGUACUUGUGUAAGCAUCAUUUUUUGCAACAAGAUAUUGGUGAACUAAUCCAUGGUCAUAUCAUCUGAAUGGAAUUGAGAUCUUCUGUGAA